GUCAAGCUUUCAACCCUAAUUUUGCUUGUCUUCUUCGUCUUUAAUCUUUGUUUCUUUUCCCAAAGUUCAAUAAUCUGUCUCAUCUCUCAACUAGCCAUGAUAACCCCGGGUGCUUCCACAUGCGACACAUGCGUGUUCUUGAAUAUUGAUGAUUAUCCAAUCGGUAUCCCUAACUGGAUUUCCCCGAUGAUUGGAUCGGCUCUAAAGAGAAAGGGUUAUCAUUGUGAGAAUUUGCAAAUCAUGGCUUUUGGAGUCAAGACAAAGGACGACCUCAGGUUACAUGAAUAUUUCGAUGCCGGCAUAUUUUACAUCUCACACAACUUUCCAGAUAUUAAAAUGUUACAGGAAUUGGUUGUUGGAUUGGGCUAUAAAAAAAAACCAACAAAUUUGAUGGUAAUCUCAAAAAGUCUCCUUGAAGACCAGGAGACGAAAAGAGUUCUUUGGGCUGUGAAAGCAAGAGGGUUCAAUGUUCUUUUAGUACAGCCUCAUCCUCAGCAUGAAAGCAUCUGCAGCCAAACAAUAUCUCUUGAGCAGAUAUUUCUUGAGCAUUCCCUGCUAUGGUACGAUCCAUAUGUAUUAUAUGGACCAAAGUGGAGGAGGAACCUUAUCUUCUUCACUAUUUCUCAUUACUUGUCGCUCCAACUAUCAAGACUUCUCCGAGCCUAUCAAAACUGUCCCAGGGACUAAGACAGGCGUCUUCUGGGACAUCAACGAGUGCCCAUUCCCUUUUUUUCUUGAUCCUGAAACCAUAUUUGAGAGAAUCAAAUUGGCUCUUAAGGAUCGACGUGUUUCCGAUGGUGUGAUGUCAAUAUGGCUUUAUGCUGACAAGAUAAUACCCUUCCCAGAUGAGAUAGUAGAGAAGUUUCACAAAUCCAGAAUCUAUUUCGUUCCCCAAGUUCCCGUGGAUAAAACUGCGAGAGCUGUUAGGAUGCUACAUGACACUCAAUUAUGGGAACUGGACUCUCCUCUAGACUGUCGUAAACAAUCAAAUGUGAUUGUAAUCUCAAAUGACAUCAGCUCCCAAGGAGACUGUGACUUCCACAAUCGUCUUAAAUUUAUGAGUGGGAGAGGUUACUAUGCUUUCUUAGUACAGCCUGUGGAUAUCGCACAAGAAAAGCUCACUGCCCCAGAUUGGCCUAGAGGGGUAUUAGAGAACGCAUUUGAUUUCAGCAUAACCAGGAACAACGUCGGCACCUCAAAAGGAGGAAAAACUACAGGGCCUUGGUACUCGAUCAACACAUGCGUCUUCUGGCUCGUCGAGGAAACCCCAGCCCCUAGUGAUCAUUUGAUUUCUGCUUAUAUCAGAGCAGCUCUUCAGAGAAUGGGUUAUAUUGGUCCGUUGUCAAUAUUUGCUUUUGGUAUUAAGGAGCAAAGCUCCAUAGAUUCUGAUCCCGGGAUUUUCUUCUACGAAUCCCUAGAUAAAGACGCUAUAAUCCAUAAAAUGUUAUAUGACAUUACUAGACAUGCAUCUUCCUUGGCGGAUGAGAAAGAAAAAUGUUUAAUGUUGAUCACAAAAAACCCCCCAAAAGACGACGAGCUUCUCAGGGUUCUUGCCUCUUUGGACUCGAGAGGUUUCCAUGUUCUAUUGGUUCAGCCUCAUGAUGAGGCACAAGUAUUUAGUUCUGUAGACUCAAUUAUUCAGUGUACUACAUUAUUAGAUGGUUCAAGUCCUAUUGACUUUGAUGGUUCAAGUUCUAUUGACUUUGAUGGUUCAAGUCCUAUGGACUUUGACCUCGACUCUAAAUCUGACAGCUUUUGUUGUAGCAGCCAAAGCAGCUGGGAGACUGAUCCUGAGAACCUAGACGACUCUACUAGUUUUGUCUAUGAUAUUUUAGAUUAUUAGUCUCUAUAAGAUAACUGAAAUUUUAUGUAAGAUAACUGAAAUAUUACAUAUUUGUAAUUAUUAUUGUGCAUUUUUAAAUAAAAGAAUUAUUAUCCUC